AUGUCAAGCAGUGGCUGGACGUGGUCCGAAGGACUUUUUUCGCACAUUGAUCCUGCAACCUCCUCUACCAUCACAUCGAUCACGGAUUACUCAACAAUAUCUCGAAGAUCGCUGUUUUUGACCGAUUGGGGAGAUAACCAUAAAUCUACAAAACAGAAAACAGAAACCUCCACGACAUCGGUUCUUCCCCCACCUUACGCUAACCCAUCGGUCACCGCCGAAUCCUCCAGAACAGUACUCACAGAUACCAAGCUUUCAGCCUCCACCAUUCUUGGCGAACUCACCAGCAUGCCUUCAGCUUCCUAUACCGUUCUCAAAGAAAUGUUCACCAAAGCCCAAUCCCUUGAUGAUAUCGCUCAAUCGGAAGUCUUGAGAGCCACUGUCACUUGGCAACAAAAGACCAACGAUAGAGCAGCCCAAGUGUGGAUUGCCCAAUGCCAACUUCGCGGCUGGGAUCGUCAUGGUACAGCCAUGGAUGGCUUCAAUACCCUACGUUCCUUGUCGGAAAAGAAUUACUGGGGUGCUUUUUACGCUUUAGCUGUCUGCUACCUUAACGGGGUUUCUACUCCGUCAGACACGGUCAAGCCAGAUCCUCACGAAGCACUGCGAUGGUUCAAAGCCGCUGCCUCCGUUGAUAUCGUUGACAGUGAAACACAUGAGAUUGUAAGCAAAGCUGAAUAUCGUAUAGGAACCAUGCUUUUUAAAGGAGACGACAUUCCCGAGGAUCCUGCAGCCGCCCUGCAAUGGUUCAUCAAGAGUGCGGCUCACGGAAAUAAGUAUGCGCAAUAUGUAGCUGGCGUUCACUUUGAGCAAGGGCUUACCACGAAUCAGGACUAUGACCAAGCAAAACACUAUUUCCUUUCCAGUGCACAGCAAGGUUUUCCUGACGCUCAAGCAGCUCUUGGCAUUCGUCUUACCGAAGACGGUGAUCAUUCAGCAGGCAUGCACUGGCUCAAAGAAGCUGCUAAAUCGAGUAACGCACGAGCGCUGUUGCGCCUGGGUCUCUUGUACGAGGAAGGCCAGAUUGUGGAACAAGAUUACGAAUUAGCAUUCGCUUAUUACAGUGCGGCCGCCGAUCUGAAUGAAGCCCGUGCACAGUAUAUUUUGGGCGUUCAUUAUCGAUUAGGCACGCUAGGUCUCACAAAGAAUCUUCAAGAAGCUGCCACGAAUCUCGGACGCUCAGCACGCGCUGGAUUCGCUCCAGCCCAACGUAUUUACGGUCUCAUGCACGCUGAAGGAGCGCUCCAUGCGCCCACGGCCGAUACCAUACAUGAAGAAAACGUGGAACGCAGGCAACGAAAAGACCGUAAACUGGCUCUCUUUUGGUUCCGUCGUGCGGCAUCUCAAGGCGAUGUCCGUUCCCUGGGUUUGGUCGGCUCCUGUUAUGAACAUGGUCGCGGAGCCGCUGUCAACCAUGAAGUGGCCCUGGAGUAUUAUCAGAAAGCAGCCAACAUGGCCAGUCCGUUCAAACAAGCCGCCCUCCUCGCCCACGCUCUACUGCUCCACAAGAUGGGAAGACAUCGCGACGCUUUUGAUGAAUUUUCUCGGAUCGCUUCCAGUCAGGAAUUGCCCAAUACGUCAUUGAAGAGAUCACCGAUGCGUACUGCUAAACUUAUGGUAGCGCGGUACCUGCUUCAUGGUUGGAUCCCAAUGACCAAAGAUCCGGCAACCGCUUUUGAAAUGCUUUCUGAACUGGCCAACGGACGCAACGAUGACGGUCACGCUCAUUACUGGCUAGGUGCUUGUUUCGAAGAAGGCAUCCCGCAUGUAUGCGAACGUAACAUGCAAAAGGCAUUUGACCAUUAUCUCCUGGCCGCUGAAGCCGAUGACACCGAUGCCCAAUUUCAGGUUGCCUUGAUGCUGUCGAAUGGACAAGGUGCGUCGCGCGAUCGAAAAGCCGCUUUUACUUGGUAUGAAAAAGCAGCCCAGAGAAACCACAAGACUGCCCUGUACAGCCUUGGCCUGUACUAUGCGAAAGGGCUUGAAAAUAUCCCCAAAGAUAUCAGUAAAGCACGUUCCUGCUUUGAAAAAUCGGCUCGUUUGGGUUUCCCCUCCGCCAUGACGUCUCUUGCUACACUAUGUCGCAUGGCUUCCACACGCGACCAUUUGUCACCGGAAGCGCAGCAGCAGCAACAAUCGGUUGCGAUCCAAUGGUAUCAGAAGGCGGCAUCACUCAAUGAUCCGGUAGCGCAACGCGAACUCGGGAUGAUCUACGAUGCCGGUUUAGGUGUCUCUCAGUCCCACGAAACCGCUUUCCAUUAUCUUCGAAAAGCCGCCGAACAACAUGAUGCUCAAGCCACCCUGCUCCUCGGCAGCUAUUAUCAGAACGGAUUUGCCGUUGAAAAAGAUUUGAACAAGGCUAUAGAACUUUACCUUCUUGCUGCUGACCUUGGCGCCCCAGUCGCUCCUUUUGCUGCCGCCCAGGUAUACCAUACAUUGAACCAAUUUGAACAAGCUUAUGCACAAUACACCAUUGCCGCCCACGACACUCGUUUAACCGAUACCCGCAUCAGCAAAACUUCUCAACUUAUGGUUGCCCGUUACGUUCUUUCUUACAUUCCUUCACCUAAACCAUCGGAAAAUGAUACUAUGCAUCUCCAUAAUAUGACUAUGAAAGACGCCUUCAAGAUCCUCUAUAAAUUAUGCCACGACAAUCAGUUUGAACCUGCUUACUAUUGGUUUGCCGACUGUUAUUACCAAGGUCUCGGCACAGAAACGAACUAUGAAGAAGCAUUCCAAUGGUUUUCCAAAGCCGCCGAUGAGGCCAAAGAUCCCGAAGCCAUGGUGAAAAUUGCCUCAAUGUACGCUCAGGAAGAUCAUCGGUUCUUUGAACCCUCGUUAGCACUCAAGUACUACCAGAUGAGUGCCGAGCAUGGUCACCCUGAAGGCCAGCAUCAACUUGCAAUGGCCUAUUGGCGAGGUUUAUUCGAUACAGCCAUCAAUCUCGGCGACGCUGUGAUAUGGUUCACUCGUUCGGCUGCGCAGAAAUAUGCGGCAAGUCACUGGGCGUUGGGUCAAAUGGCUCUUGAAAAUGGCGAUCGCGAUGUCGCUAUUGCUUGGUGGCAUAAGGCGAUCCACCUUGGACAUGCUUCUUCCAUGCGCGCUCUCGCCAGUUUAUUACUGAAUGAUACCAUGGACCAUCACAAUGAUGCCAAGUUGGAAAGAGCCAUGGAACUGUUGGCCGAAGCUGUUCGCUCCGGUGACGCGGAAUCCCUGGUUUUGCUGGGCCAACUGCAUCAAAAAGGUGCCAUGGCUUCUGUCAAUCGACCCUUGCACAGUGACAGUGAAGAAGAAGCCGAGCACAUGCGACACAAACAGUUGCAGGAACAAGGGUUAGCAAUACGAUGCUUUGAACAGGCCGCUACCAUGGGCCAUGUUGAAUCUAUGUUUCUGGCAGCGGAGAGUUGGCACACCCAACAACAGUAUGCUGCUGCCCUGGAAUACUACAACAAGGCGGCUUCACAUGGUCACAUGUUAUCCAGAGUCAUGCGUGCUCGCUACCGAUUAGCAGGUCUGGGUGAUAUGAAAGCGGAUCCCGAGGCCGGUUAUCAGGAAUUGCUGAAAUGCGCCGAAGACCACCAAUGCUUUGAAGCUUACAACUCUCUUGGACAAUGCAACGAGCUUGGCUUGGGUACUCCGAAAGACCAUAAGAAGGCGCUCGAGUGGUACCUGCGAUCGGUGGAAAAGACUCAGGAUGCUGAAGCCAUGUUCCGCAUUGGUCGUCUGCACGCUCAAGGCCUGGUCAUCGCCCUUGAUCGUCACAAAGACUUGGAAGCGCUUCAAUGGUACCAAUUCGCUAGCGAUACGCAAAAUCAUUCCCGUGCCCAUUAUUUUGCCGGUCUGUACAAGCUUCGCGGUAUCCAGCAGGACGAUCGCCAGUUAUUAUCUCCCAACAUUGAAGAAGCCAUGCACCACUUCCAGAAAGCCGCAGCCCAAGGUGACCGUGAUGCCAUGUUUGAACUCGGCCAACACCUGGUGAAUGAUGAUGGAAAGUACAGCCAUGAUCAACAAAUGCAAGGCUUGGAUUGGCUCGAACAAUCAGCUCAAUUGGGAUGCCAGGAUGCUCAACGCGAGUUGGGUAAACUGUAUCAUUCAGGCAAAGACAACGACACCGUGGAACAGAAUUUUGAGCGAGCUUACGAAUACUUUACGCUGGCGGCUCAGCAAGGCGAUAAAACGGCGGCGUUGUUCCUUGGCAUCUAUUAUGAGCAUGGAAUUCAUGUACCGGCCAGCCUCGACUUAGCACGCGAAUGGUACGACAUUGCUGUCAAACUGGGUCAACGUCACGAAGCCAAAGGUGGAUGGUGGUUAGCCGAGCUUGCUCUGGCUCAACUGCUGCAUCAAACCGAUCAACGAAACGAAGCUUUUCCCCUGUUUAAGGCGGCUCAUGACCACGCCCCUACUCAUCAGCGAUCCUCUGCCGCCACCAUGUUGGCUCGAUAUCGAUUACACGGAUGGGGGAAUAUUCCUGCCGAACCCGAGAAAGCGGCUGCUGAACUUGUCGAGUUGGCCCAAUCGGGCGAUGUCAAAUUAUACCUGGAAGUCGCCCAAUGUUAUGAAUUUGGUAUUGGCUUGACACGCAACAUGCACGAAGCUUUCGAGUGGUACCAACGUUUAGUGUCGCAUCAUCAUGACCAAGAUACAAUGGAUGACGAAGAUAGAGAAGACCAAGCUGAAGCUUUAUAUAAACUCGCUGAAUUCCACCGUCACGGAUGGGCUACUCCCGUAGACCUUGAAAAAGCCAACCGUUUAUACCACCUCGCAUCCGAGAAAGGCUCAAAAGAUGCUGUAUACUACCUCACACGCCGAACAUUGUGA